AUGGUCCGCUCCUUAGAAGAUUACUUUUCUGUCCAGGUGUUCUUUAUCGUUCUUCGUGAGACGAUCGAGCUGGCGAUCAUCAUCUCGGUGCUUUUAGCAUUCGUCCACAAAAGUCUCCUGCAAGAUCCCAAGGCGCUGUCGCAAGACAAUCCUACCGAUUCGGAAGUCGAAAAUAGCUCUCAGGGAAGCGAGCUUGCGAACGCUCCGAAUGAGAAACUUUUAUCGUCUUUCAAAUGGCAAAUCUGGGUCGGAGGCCUCUGUGGGUUCCUCGGAUGUUUGCUUGUUGGUGCUGUCAUUCUUGUUGCAUUCUACACCAUUGGCGCUGACUUGUGGUCGAGCACUGAGCAUUAUUGGGAAGCAACAUUCUCGAUCAUUGCCUCUGUGAUUAUCUCUGCCAUGGGUGUGAAGAUCCUCCGAGUGAAUAGAAUGCAACAGAAAUGGCACCACAAAUUGGGGUCGAUCAUCAACAAUGAUAGCCGUUUCAUGGAGGCUGCAAAAGCUACAGCCUCGUGGUCAGAGAAAAACUCCAUGUUCAUCUUGCCAUUUGUCACCACUUUGCGUGAGGGUUUGGAGGCAAUUGUUUUCGUCGGUGGAAUCGGUAUCAACGAAAACACCACUGUUGCAUCGAUUGUCAACUCAGCGAUUCUCGCCAUCAUCAUUGGCACCAUUGUCGGUGUGGUGUUGUACCGGUCUGGUAACACGCUCUCUCUUCAGUGGUUUUUGAUAGUUUCGACAUGUUUCCUCUACCUUGUUGCCGCUGGUUUGUUCUCCAAAGGUAUCUGGCAGUUUGAGCUUCAACGGUUCAUUGAUAAGUGUGGAGGCAUGGAUGUGAGUGAGACAGGCCACGGGCCCGGCUCAUACGAUAUUGCCAAUAGUGUAUGGCACGUCAACUGUUGCAACGGCGAGAUGCCGGAAGAUGGAGUGCAGUGGAUGUUGUUCACGGCAAUCUUUGGCUGGACAAACUCAGCGACAUACGGCUCGGUGAUCGGCUACCUUGUCUAUUGGGCUGCUGUGAUACUGAUGUUCUGGAGCUUGCUCUACGAGGAGAAACACGGCUAUUUGCCGCUCGUGCCAAUCAAAUGGCAACGCAACAGAAUCAGAAAGAGGCUCCAUUUCACCGUGCCGCAACAGAGUCGCCAGAGCCAGGAGUCUGUGAGUUCCACUACCCCCUUACAAGUAGCAUAA